UCUCUUUAGGACCGAGCGUCCUGCUUAACUCUUUACAACUGAGCGCUGCAGUCGAGUUGAUUUUCAACAAAGUUCCUGUCUCGGUUUAAGACCACCAAUAGUAGAUGAAGAGUGUAUGAGACUGAAGUUAGAGGAUUUACAAAGUGUUUCUCUUUCCUCAAGCGAAUGAAAGGACCCCGCGGACGCUCGCCUCACCUGCGGCCAGGAGUGACACCUGCCUCAGUGCAACUCUCAUCCUCCCUUCCGGCCUGAAUAAGUGCAUGUUGGUGUCUUGAGAAGUGUUUUCAGCCAUGUGCUCCACCGGGCAGCCUCUGUGUGCGGGAAACAGACCCAGCAGUCGUGGGGGCUCCAGUUCGGGCUCUCAGUAUGCCCUGUGUGCUCUUGGUGUGGGUUUGGUGGCACUCGGGGUGGUCAUGAUCGUGUGGAGCAUCGUCCCUUCUGAAGCCACAAAAGUGCACAAUGUUACAGCCGCCAAUAAUGGAAGUACCAACAGCGAUGAGACCAAAACGUCAUCCAUCGCAUUUGUGCUGGUUGGCUCCGGGGCUGCCAUGCUCUUGCUUGCUAUAUGUUUGGGGGUGAGGAACAGGAAGCGGAGGAGACAGGGGGAAACUGCGGGUGCAAACGCUGCUGGUUAUGUGGAUCAUGUGCAUAGAGUUCCGGACGAGGACUCAGCUGAUGAAGCAGCACCAACCUACGACGUCCCGACUUAUGAGGAGGCAGUGACCAGCGGCCAGUACCCCAUUCGCCAGAGCAACUUGCGCCAAAGCUACCAGCUCCCCUCCUACGAAGAUCUGAUCGGUGCCGUUGAAAACGAAGGCCAGCCACCGAAAGAAGGUAACAUCCAAGAAGCCCCUCAGCCUCCUCCAGGCCCUGGACCCCAGCCUGCAGCCCCAGCUCGCAGCACCAGCAGAGCCAGCCGAAUCCUUAGACCCCUGCGGGUGCGCAGGAUCAAGUCUGAGAAGCUCCACGUCAAGGAUAUUCGUCUGAACAUCCAGACCCCUGCGCAGGGUGGAGUGGUGACCAUUGAACCACUGACUCCACCACCGCAGUAUGAGGACAAACCCCCUCAGCUGCCCACCGGAGCAGUGUAACGAGCUCUGUGCACGAGCUGAAAGUUUUCCAUUGGUUUCAGAAUAUGCCAACUGAUGAAAUAGGUUAUGUUUGUGCAUGUGCGCUGUCUCAGCGCUGCUUUUACAAAACACUAAAGCCUACUUGAAUGUGUUUUUUUAUAGAGAGCAGACCUUUUCUUGUUUGAAGAGCAGUGUGUUAUUGUUGUUUUUUUAUUUAAAUCCACAUGAGGAAGGAUAUGAAUGCCACAGAGAAGCUCCUGUGAGAGAGAGAGAUUCAUAGUUUACUUCCAAAGAACUACAAUGUACGUUGCUAAAGCUAAUAACAACAGGAAUUAUUAUUAGAUGAUGACUUAGUGUUGACAUUUGCCAAAUGUCAUUUACUUACUGUUGAAAAUACUUUUUUGAAAACAAAAAACUCAAACAUUUCAAAAACAUUGGGAAGGCUUUGUGAAAAUCUGAAUGUUCUGGUUGUCCAGCUUCAUUUUUACUCUAAAUAUUUAAUGCAAUGCUCUUAAACUGGAUUCCUGGAGGGCAGCAGCUCUGCACAGUUUUGCUCCAACCCUAACCAAACACAGCUGAUCCAACUAAUCAAGGUGUUAAAGACUACUAGAGACUAUUAAGCAGGUGUGAGUUGGCAGUGGUUUGAUCUAAAACUAUGCAGAGCAGUGGCCCUCCAGGAAUUGAGUUUGAGACCAUUGAUUUAAUGCAUAUGGACCAGAUGGCCAAUUUAUGUAAAUGCUAAAUUAAUUUGUACUAAUAACUAAUUUGCUAAACUAAUUUAUUAGGUUUCACUCUGAUUAAUCCAAUUCUAACAUAAUUAAGUGUUCUGUAUGUCUUUUAAAUGAGCAUCACUGCCUGAUCUGUUUGGAGUAAACUGUUUUAACUUUUUUAUAUAUUGCUUACUGUUUAUAAAGGGUGAAAAAUUUCUCUAAACUAAUUGGAAUAUAACCUCACCCCAAUCAUGUUAAUGUGCAUUACUUUAAAUAUAUAUUAUGUGUUAUUAAAAAGAAUGUCUGGCGACAACAAAUGAAAUUGCACCUUGAGGGACUUUAGUUUCUUGCAGAACUAAAGACUGAAUUACAGAAGUUUGAAAGAUUUGGCUACCGUUACACCUACAGUUUGGAAAUACAAACCAUUGUACAGCAGAUGAAGUGGUUUCAGUCAAAAAAAAAAUGUUUUUGUGUACAUGAGCUAAAUUGCCCUUUCAGUCAGCACCUUUUAGGAAAUGUACUUUUGUUUUGUUUUUUUGUUUACAAUUGUUGUCUAGUUUUAAUUCAGUUUAGUUUUUUUGAUUGGGGUGAUCAAUCUUGGAAACUUCAUGGCGUUACUGUAGAUUUGCUUGUAAAAAAAAAAAAAAAAGGAAAAGGAUUGUGGUAAUUGUGACUAAUAAUAUUUUAAAGCAUAAGUGCUGUAUGUUAUUUAUUUCUUGUGGGAUUGAAUAAAACUGUCUGAAUCAA